CUGCAUCCCUCAGCAUCUACCCUCGUCUCUUUCGGAAUCAUGGGUUCACAGCGGUCCUCCCGCCCCCCAGUGCUUUACGACCUUCCAAAUGAGGUUCUUUCGCUCAUUUUGGGCAAUUUCUGCUUGCACUGUCGCAACCCGCAGGAGACACCACUUGCCUACUUCCCAGGCGCUCAACAAGAGCGCGAGCAGCCGUCGUGGUACUCCUUGGAUCGCCAAGCGCUGUAUUCCACAUGCCUAGUCUCAAGGACACUCCGGGAUAUCGCGCAAGCUAUCCUCUACCAUGAGUUUGCCCCUGGAUAUGGCGACUCUUGGCGCUCAAUGCAAUACACAUGGGAGUGGCGCCUCACCAAUUUCCUCCGAACGGUGACACUACGCCAAGAUCUGGCUGCCUUGGUCCGGAGGUUGUAUCUUAGCCACCACCUCAUGAACGAAAUCACGAAGGACGAUGUCGAACCUGCGCUUGAAGAAGCUGCACAAGCCCGUGGCAUUCAGCUGUCCGACUUUCUUGCUCCUUUCCAAGAUUUGUGGCCAACGACCAUACGUGGGCAAUAUCGGCCUUCGACUGAUGAGCUAGGAGCUAUGCUCCUGGCGUGCCUCCCGAAUCUAACUUGCCUGACCCUCUCAAUGAUGGUACCUCGCAAUACCAUUCCCAUGUCGGCUCUAAGCGCUGCCGGUAUUUCGAGCCUUCCUCUCGAGACUAUCGACAUCUGCGGAAGUGAUUCAAACCUAAGACAUCGUCUUGGUGGCAUUCUCGAGAUGUCUUUCUCCACUUUAAGAACUCUUAACCUCGAGUUAUGGGAUGGUGAGGAUCUGAGGAGUCUGGACCUGGACUGUCUUUUGCCGAACCUGCGAAAUCUUUGUAUCACCAGCAGCAGACUGAGCCUGUCGGAUCUUGGGUCGUUACUUUCUUGCUGCGUGGCCCUUGAAACGUUUAUUUACGAGGCUGGUGAGUCUUUUAUCAACCUUGCGGGAUGUCUGUAGGAUUGUGUGUAGACUGUAUGGUGGCUAGUAGCUUUUUUCAAUUUUAAUCACAGUUAUCCUUGUCACUGCUGACUUUGCUUUAUACAGCCUUUAGCGAUGACCACUCCCUACUCUCCGACGCUGUCGAGUGUCUGAGCGGGUAUAAGACAACCCUGGAGACGUUACAUCUCGAUCUGAGUGGGCGAUAUUUGAGCGGGCGGCAGGAUGCUCUGCGUGUGAAUGGGGGAUUUCUCGCCAAGCCUAUUCCCAGCCUGCGGGACUUUCUUGUCCUUCGGCAUGUGUUCCUCGACACAAGAUUAAUAUACAGCAG